AAUGCCUUAUGAAGAAAGGUCAGGAAAAAUUCUUGAAGAACCCAUCAAUUUGAGGGCAAACUCAUCAAAAUAUAUCAAUAAAAAAGAGAGAGAAAAUAUAAAAGACGAUGAUAGAAAAGACGAAAAAAGAGAAAAGUACGAAGAAGAGAAGAAAUUAAAGUCUUUACAUAAAAAUUAUCACCAGAAGGAGUAUUCUUAUCACGAAACUCACAAUGAAAAUCAUGUAGACCCAAAAUUAUCCCUAGUACAUCGUAAUAGGCUGGGAAAUGAAGCCCUGUUUAAAGGGUCUAAUGAAGAAUUUGGCUUUACAAUAAUCGGAGGGGAUGAUGAUAAUACCCAAGAUUUCCUUCAAGUUAAAUAUAUAGUUCCUGACGGAAUAGCCGAUCGUCAGGGUGAUUUACGUCAAGGAGACGUGAUCUUUAAGGUCAACGACGUUUACGUUUUAGGACGAACUUAUCAGCAAAACAUUGAAAUGAUAAAAAAUCUAGAAGGCAAAGUUAUUUUUGAUAUUUAUAGGGGAUGUCCCUUAAUUUGUUCAGAUAGUCAUCAAUUAGAUGAAAGUUUUGAUGUUUUCCAACCGGAAACAAAUCAUUUCCAGGAUGUUGAAAAAAAUUUGUUUAUUGUUGAAAUAUUAAAGGGACCUGUUGGUUUUGGUUUUACUGUUGGAAAUUCGCCUGCUGGACAAAUUAUCAAACAGAUUUUCGAUAAUGAUAGGUGCAAAGAUUUAAGCGAAGGAGAUAUUUUAAUUGCAGUUGGAGAAAUCAAUGUAAAAGCUUUGCCUCAUUCUGAAGUUGUUACAAUUCUCAAACAGCAACCCAAGGAAAAUUUCACUACUUUUGUUAUUGAAAGGCCUAUGACAUAUGAGAAUGCUAAUAAUAAUAGUAUCCCAUAUGAAGACGCUGCACCCGACUUCAAUCGAAAUAGGGACAACAGCGAAGAAACGAAAUCCAAGACAUUUAAUCCGAGUAUAAUCCCUUCUCCUACAAGAUCCGAUUCUGAGAUGCCCUUCACUGAGUCCGACGCAAACAGGAUAUUCUCAAAGAACGAUACAGAGGAAUGUAAGAAGGGCGAAGGACCGGACAUGGAAGAGGAAGAAACAAUACUCCAACUAUCCAGGGAACAAACAUAUGGAAGAAAAAGAUGCGCCGAGAUUACCGCUUUUCUAAAGAGGACAGAAAAUGGCUUUGGAUUCAGAAUUUCAGGAGGUUCUGAAGAAGGUUCCCAAGUUUCAAUUGGGCAAAUUGUUCCAAACGGAGCUGCCGAUUUAGACCAAAAAUUACAAAGAGGAGAUUUAAUUGUAAGUGUUGAUGGAAUCAACGUAAUCAAUGCUUCACACAGAAGGGUUGUAGAAUUAAUGACUAUAGCUUCAAAGGCCGGUAGAGUGGCACUUGGAGUUCGGAGGCAACUUUUACAAUUACCUAACAACAACUACCACCCUUAUGACGUAACUCUUAUUAAAGGCAACAACGAAAAAAAUUUCGGUUUUAUCAUUUCUUCUAUGGAAGGCCCUGAACCUACAAUCGGUUAUAUCAUGAAAGGGAGUGCAGCCGACAAGGUAAAGGAUUUACAAGUUAAUGAUAGAAUUUUGGCAAUUAAUGGCACUAGGAUUUCAAGUAUGAGUCAUGAUCAAACUAUUCAACUAAUUAGGGAAUCAGGUCAGAUUGUAACAUUAACUAUAUUAAAACCUUUUGGUAAGUUACCACCUGCAAUAUGA